GUACGUUGUGGUCCUGUCAUGCAGCAACGCCAAUAAUGGGCGUGAGUGCUGACGGGGAACUCCGUAGGUUGAAGCAGUCCUGAGCAGUGUGGGCGGUGGUGAGGUGAGCACACUCGGUGAUCCAACAUCCGCUGUGAGAUGAGAGGCAUCGAUUCCGUACUCCACAGAGUGCCCAGAGUGCCCCCAUCAAUCAUCACUCCUCCGUAAAUGAGACUCCGUAUGAGAUGCCAUCACAUGGAGCUGCGGAUGAACAUCUGCAAUGCCGCCCUCCCCUCCGUAUCGUCUGCCUGUGUCGGACUGACUGCGUCGGGCUCCGUUCGUAAAUUUGUUUGCUUCGAUCACCUCACCUCACCGCCCGUUCUGUGCUCCUGCAGCACAACAUCAACGCAACGGAACGCAACGACAGCGCGGCCGCGUACGUACUCUGCAGAUCAAGCAAACAAACACCUUGCCUUAAUCUCACCUCCACGGAGGAGGACCGACCCGGCCACGACAGCCUUUGGUGAGUCAAGUGUGAGGUGGCACUGGUGGGGCGGAAGGGAGAUCUCCAGCUUGGCUGCAUAUCUUCCAAGACAAUACCAAGAGCAAUACCAAGACAGGGAGAGUGCUGUGCAGCGCAAGUUCAAUGCCGGCCCGCUCGAAGAGUUGCACAGGGUACAAGAUACGUAGUAGAUGAGGGCUGGACGUGGGAUGGGAUCGAAUCGGCAGUCCGACUAUUGUUUGUUCAUUUGUGAGUUCCGAAUGGGGUCAAUAUGGGAGGCUGGGCGGUCCCGUUUUGGUUGGCUGCGGCGAUCGUGGAUGGACUGGUGACAAUUGAAUGAUCAUAAGGGGAACCAGGCCUGGAAUGUGGAUGACAC